AUGUCUCAAUCUGACGACCAAAUGCCGUUUAAUUUAUGGGGCAACAACGAUUUUUGGAGUUCAGCAGCACAGAGUGAACUUACGAGAACUGAUGUUUGGGCACCUGCCACGAAGCUUUCUACAUCUGCAAAACACUCCAAAUUAAACGGUAUCGUGUCCCCCAGAGAUUCCGAAAAAGGCUGCGAAGAAAAGAAAUCGGUCGACGUGGCCACUUCGAUGCCAUGGGCUGCUAUAGGUUCCGUUCUCCAUGAGGUCGACUUGCCUUCAAUUUGGUCUGCACCGAAGCUGUAUCCGUCCAUUGACCAGAACCUCAGUCUUUCAGAUUCUGUACCAUGGGCACCUGGUCUCCAUAACUCCAGUAACGAUGCCCUGGACAGGGCCCCCUCCGUAGAGCUAUGGGAUUCAUCGCGUGACCCUCUACUUUUCCCUGUCCCUACCUUGGAUCAGGAUAAUGUAUGGAAGACGAGUUCUAUUUGUCCUAAUGAUUCAACUCCAACAGAAAUGGCAGCAAAUCCCGAUAUUCAGUUCGCCGCGAACACCAGCACGUCCACUAGCUGCACCUCCUCAAGUUUUACGCCCCAUGUCUCUGUCUCCGGCGCCUUUGAUGCUGAAACUGGUUCAUCUCGAAAGAACCCCAGUCUAACUGAAGACUCCUCUUCUUUGGCUACGCUAUCCACUGAGCAACUCUGUGAUCACCUUAUUAAUUCCAAUGAAGGCUGGGGUCGGCGGCCUAUCGACCAAACGAUACCAUGGGAUUUCACUGACCUGUUGAAGGCCGGUGACCAGUUAGUCCGAAGCGGGAUCACAACGCCCACCCCAGCUCCUCGCCCAAGUGGUGGGGGUAGUGGCACCAGUUUUACAGCCUUUCGCGCUCCCCUCCAAGCACAAUCCACACUAGAGUCUAAUGUCUGGACCAACGAAACACCCACGGGUACAGCUAUUUGGGAAAUGCACUAUGAAAACACUGCUGCUCGUGGCUCCGUAUGGCACCCUUCCCUGACCCCUCCUAGUGCACCUGUGCCAUCGACUUCCGGUCAAGCAUCCACUACUCCAGUUUUGUUUCUAAACACCGCUAGUGGGAGAAAUGUACCAACCCCCUCUAACUCUGUACUCAAUCGCGGAGCCGCAAAUCGACCUUGGGAUCAAUCCGACAGUUCAUCUCGAAAGAACCCCAGUCUAACUGAAGACUCCUCUUCUUUGGCUACGCUAUCCACUGAGCAACUCUGUGAUCACCUUAUUAAUUCCAAUGAAGGCUGGGGUCGGCGGCCUAUCGACCAAACGAUACCAUGGGAUUUCACUGACCUGUUGAAGGCCGGUGACCAGUUAGUCCGAAGCGGGAUCACAACGCCCACCCCAGCUCCUCGCCCAAGUGGUGGGGGUAGUGGCACCAGUUUUACAGCCUUUCGCGCUCCCCUCCAAGCACAAUCCACACUAGAGUCUAAUGUCUGGACCAACGAAACACCCACGGGUACAGCUAUUUGGGAAAUGCACUAUGAAAACACUGCUGCUCGUGGCUCCGUAUGGCACCCUUCCCUGACCCCUCCUAGUGCACCUGUGCCAUCGACUUCCGGUCAAGCAUCCACUACUCCAGUUUUGUUUCUAAACACCGCUAGUGGGAGAAAUGUACCAACCCCCUCUAACUCUGUACUCAAUCGCGGAGCCGCAAAUCGACCUUGGGAUCAAUCCGACAAAAUGUGGACUCCUGGAAAUGGUACUAUCAACAGUGGUCGUCCCGUACUUGGCAGUGCGCGUGGCACCAUUGCAGGUGUCAGCCAAACUGAUGAAAUCCCUAGUUGGUGCGGUGGUGAUGCUUCAGGUCUUAAUAAUGGUAAUAUGUUGGUGGAAGGCGGUAAUGUCAAUACCACUUCAUGGGACGGCUUUCCUGUUGCAACUGCAAGUCCUCUCCAGUGGAAUUCGAAUGUCGGUGGCUCAUUUAUGACAACCGAGGAACAGCGUCGUAAUCAGAGCGUAAACAAUCUCGCAACAAAUGGUCAGGUACCUGUGGAACGCAUGGUAAUCAAUCCGUUCAACAAUACCUAUCGCGCUGAUUCUGUGAAAUAUCUCAUGAGUCAUGGCUUCAAAAAAGAAGAAGCAUUACCCGCGCUCAUUGACUGUAAUAUGGAUCCAGAGCGUGCUCUGCACGAGCUGCGUGAGAGAUUCAAUAACACGCGCUCGGCGAUCAACAUGCCAUCUUCGGGUGCCGCUGGGUUCCAGUCGGGCUUGGGGAAUAUGGCUUCGCCAUUUCAAAAUACGAACAAUUUCACUCAGUCUAAUCAGCAUCCAGGAUCCGUGUGUGCCCCAUCAAUGUUAACCAGUUCGGGGGCUGGUCCGCCCCUUUUCUCUGGUCCAAAUCAGCGUGCGAAACUUCCAGGGGCUCAAAAUAAUUCAAGCGCUCUUCCAAUGAUGACCAUGGCGAACCAUCCGAACCCGCAGCUGAUUCGUCAGCAACUGACACAACAGGUAAGAUCUGCCCUGAAUUUGUCACUUCCAUCUAACCCCAUGAACGGUCCAAUCGGGAACAAUUCCGUUGGUGUCGCAGGAACCUCACUUUUGGGUCAGCCACCUCCCCCAUUACUCAAUGGCGGAUCGGGUGCUACCUUGCCAGGCGCGUUAACUCCGUCCAAUGGACCUAACUUCUUAUCAUCUCACAGCAGGAACCCGGGCGGUAUUCCUGGCGCGUUGACGCCUUUUGCAUCCAACUUACCUAACACAGGAAAACGCUCAGCCCGGCAAAUGACCAUCAUUUCAGCGAUACAGGACUUACACAAAAAACAUCAGAGCAUACAACAACAGAUAAUUAUGUACCGAAACAAUCCAACAAUGUGCUCUCAGCCACAAUAUGCAGACCUUUUUACGGAACUGCAGGGUCAAAUGCAGCAGAUCGAGGCUCAGCUGAAAGCCAAACAAGCUCAGUUGAAUAUUGCCUAUGCACAGGAUUGUGCCGCAGCUGCAGCUUCAUCUACCCUGGGGCAUUCGUCUUCUCCCCUGGGAGAUGUUAACGGCCCCGGAAUAUCCGUGCUGAAUCCUAACGCUCCCUCAUCUGUCCCCUCCGGCAAUGCAUCACUCACCAACAACAACGGUCAGACUCUGGGUGUGUUUCAGCACAGUCGGACCAAUCCAGAUCAGUUGGUACAACAACUAAUGGAGUUGCGUCUCCGACCUGGCGGAUCAUCAGGAGGAUCGGCAAUGGAUGGAGAAACAGAAUUUCCGACAAUCGGCACAUGGACACCUUACAGAAGCGGAAACAUGGAUAACCCUGAUAAGGAUGUUUCCGGUCCGCGGUCGGUAGCCGGACAACGUGCUGCUAUUGGAAAGAAUCGAAGUCACCCCACCUGGGGUAGCAACACCUGGCAACCUACUUACCAUCGGACUAACGUUCAUAAUACCUCAAACUGGUCCGCAUCACACGUUGACGGUGCUAUAGCCAUGACGCAUCCAAAUGGGUUGAAGUCUUCCAAUAUACAACCGGCUGUUGGUGGUGGUGGUGGAAUGGCGGAACAACAGUCAUCUGGCCCCUGGCUGCUUAUCCAACCCACACCUACCGGUGGAUUGGGGUCAAACUUGAACCUUCUACAUAACCUCCUGUGCCACUAUGGUUUGACUUACUUCCACGCUCUGAACCCAGCAUCGGGGAGUGUUUUGGUACGCCUUCAGUCUCCUGAGUACGCCUUCCAAAUGAUGCGCGCCCUGGGUGAUCGGCUUACUGUGGAGUCGAUUACGGAACCGGAAAAGUUCCUCCAAUUGCAGAGAAACAUGAACUCUCGGGAGAACUACGCACCUAGUCAAUUCAGUCCACCUUGUGAUACAUCCGUUACAGCUUCCAGCUGGACACUCUGUGAUCCGUCUGGCAACCCAACCUUUGUUUCUGCUGCGAACACUGCCUUUCCAACGAAGAAGCCAACGACUGCUCACAAUUCAUCCCGUCUAGGUGUUAUGGUUUCAGGAAUACACUAGCAAAUUGACCUUUCAUGGUGCAGAUCUCACGAACGGCGCUGUAUUCACGCUCCGGCUUAUCUGAAAGACCAUACUGUAACGUCUUCCAAACUAUGCUUCUUUACUCCUCCACGUCCCCGUGAAAAACGUCUUGCUUCCGCAUUUGAACAAACACCAAUAUCCUUUCAUACGAAACUCAAUGAGUGUAUGACUCAUUUCCCGUCCAUUCUCCAACUGCUAGGUUACACUAGCAUUGAUGCAUCUGAAUUACUCACUCAGUCAAUCAGCUUUUCAGACUUUGCCACAAAACUGACAAUGAAGGCAAAACGCUCAAUUCCUUGCUGCAACGCUGUACUGAUGUGUGCUGUAGCACUAGUCAGAACGACUUGCCUUAAUUGUGAUCCUCUGCACAACAAUUUAUUAUGCCUCCCACCCCGGCCCAAUCAUGCCAUUGAUACUAUUGCCUUACAUGCUCACUUUAUAUGUGCCUACGGGUAGGAGUGCUAUUCGUCUCGCCACACGAAUGCAUCCGCCCCCACCGCUCCGACUCGUGCCAUCCUCACCGUUUUUUAUCGUCGUAUUAUCGUUCCUCCGGCUUAUCUGGACGACCCCACAAAUAACUAUUUUACGCACCGAUUGGUUUUCCGUCUUUCACCCCUUCCUAGCUUUCAAAUCCAUUCGCCAUGUUGCUGUGUCUAUCAAAUGUUUCGGCGACUGUUCGCUUCUCCAUGACGUAUACUGUUUCCACGGUUGCAUGUGUGGUGAGAGGGUGAACAGUUGUUCUGCUGCCUCAUUAUUUCUUCCGUCUAAUCCGGCUCCUUUUUACGUUGAAAUCAACUCCGUUCUUCAUUACACGUUCCCUUUUCCCCUUGGAGUCCUGCUUUUCUACCCAGUCCGUUUUUUUGUCGAUUCUUGCGGAUUCUGUUCCUACAGCUGAUGUCCAUCUAUCCCUUGACCCUUUCUAUCAAUUUUGUUCAAGCUGUGAUCUCAGUGUUGGUGUUGACAAAUUCCGUUCCAUAACCGGUGCAAUGCAAACCUUAACUAUUCACUCUCCAGCAUCUCAUCCCACCACCUCAGAGACUGAUCGCCUACCUCGCUUGCGUGUAUCCGCACACUUGAUAAUCCGCAUUACAAGUCAUCUCACAUAGUAGUACUGCCUCUUAUCUCUUCAUUUCAUUCCACCAAAGCUCUGAGUCAUUUUGUCCGCCCCGGCCAUGUGUAUGAGAAGCCGUUUUUCGACCAACCCGAGCUCACCCCGUAUCGUAGACACGUGUAUUCGUUCCUGCCAAUCGGGUUUCAAGCCGGCACGUGAUCGUACCGCAUUUUCUGUCCAUCGUUCCAUUUUCUAUCCGAAAGCGUUGUGCCAAUGACAACACUCUUUAGUGUUGUUUCGAGUGUAGUGCGGUGGCCCCCUAUUAAUUGUGAAACUUUUGGUCCUCCAAGUCGCUCAUCUUUGUUCCGUCGCCCACCGCGAUGACCUACCCAAGCGUCUUUCUGUUCAGUUUUUGCUUUGUAGAUUGUCAGCAUCCUCCGAUUUACCCAUGUCCCUGUGAAUGAACUUUGGCGACUGUUGCAUUUCAUUUUCGAAUGAGGUGUCUGUGCGUGUGAGAAUGAUACCUGGCAGCUCUGGUUCAUGCUUGCCGCAGCAGCAGUAGUAGAUCUGUUGUUUACCGUUAUUCGUAUUCUCAUUUUUGGCCAAUCAUUUCCACACGCCCAUUUUACUCCGCUGCUUGUCCUCUAUGCGCCUUGUGUACCAUGAUCGUACAGCCAUUCCGGUGUCUGUGGGCUGGGGACCGUCGAAUCAGCUCUCCGGUCACCCUACUUGAUGUACUACUCCAUAUUCACUAGUGAACUAAUAAAUUAAUUUCCAUAAUCUGACGUGCUAUUUUGUAGUCGAACUAUGUAUUCUUAUUACUACUAUUAUUCAUACUUUUCCGUCUAGUUCUCUAUCCCUACUGCCACUACUACUAUUAAGAUGCCUUUAUUAACCACCUAUGCUAUUUUGCAGUAUUUGUCUUCAUCAUAAUCUGUUGAUGUGCGUACGCCUGCCUACACGCGUCCAUAAUUGUGCACUUGUCUUUUUUUUGCAACAACUCUAUUCUGACUGUGAUUUUUAGUCCUGCCCAUCUAGCUACCCCAUCGCCUUUUUGCGCCACCCAUAUAUCCCUGUUCCGUCAGUAUUUUAGCUUCUUGUCAUUCCUGAACCUAGUAUUGUGAGUCCUGUGGAAAUCAAGUACGUUGUAUUUUCCAGGGAUAUUGUGGCUCAUGUGAUCCGGACCUUUCUUCUAUGCCUGUAUAACCGCGGGCGUUUUUCAUAUCAUACACGGUGGACGUGCUUCCGAGAAUAACGAACCUUGCGGCAUCGUGUCUUGCCAAACUGUGCUGUCCAAUUUUUGUCGCUGUCCACAAGUAAAUAGCGCUCUUCCUCUCCUGGUUUCCGCAUUCGGGCGUUGACGUCCAUCCCUUGUCCAAUCCCGUUUUUGGCUGGAUAUCGGCCCACUCUGCGUCCUGCCACCGAUUGUUCGGUAUACUCACACAUAUCCCCUCGAGAUCAGGUUUUUGUGCUAUAUGCUGACUGUUGCCCAUAUUCUUCCAUCCUACUAUCUUGUUACUAGUGAUUUAUCCAGUUAGCUCCCUGGAUGAACACGAAGCUCGUUGCGCCUAUUUUCGCAACCGCUACGACCGAUUCACUCGUGAUUUUGUUGGCUGUUCUCAUGCCUAUUUCCAGUGCAUGAUUUCCUGGUCUCCCACGACUUUCGUCCAUCAGUCAUGAAGAUUUCUCAUUUUACGCAUAAUCUGUUUAUUGUUUGUUUUCCUAUGUUACAUCUUCGCCGUUUAUAUUACUUCGUGUCCCCGUACCUGCGUGUUUGGUGUGUGUGUGCUUUUUCAUAUCUCCAGUCACGUCUCUUUGAAUAUGUCCACCAUAUUUUGACUUGGAACCCAAUUUUUCCUGUUUCUUCUAACUUCACCUCGCCAACGUAUCGCCUUCCCCCAAAUUGGAUGCUCGGUCCUCUCCUUUGGUUCCGGAUGCUCCAUCGGCAUGUUUUCGGUCACCCAGGCCGCCACGCCGAAGCGAUCGAGACUACAAACAGCAGCUUAUUUUAGUUCAGCUCUUUUAGUUUGUCCUACUCUGCAUUCACUGUUUCCAGACCCAUCAUCUUUCCUGCGCCCGAAGCAUGCCGCGUACGACCUUCACAGGCCAUGUCAGUCGCGCCAGCAAUAAACGUUAUGUUCCCAAAUUGCCCCCAGCCACUUCGUAAAACUGAUUAUUGUACUAACUGUUUCGAAAGCUCAUUUUCCCUUCGCCAGUUGUGCAGUCUCAACCGGGGUCUAUUGUGUUAGAGCUGUUCUUACUGGUUCUCCAUCUGAGUGAAUCGUGUCCACACUUAUCUUCUGUUUUCUUAGAACACAGGGAGUUGGCUUAACAU